AACGUUGGCGGUUGAGCGCGCGCGAAGAGCAAAUGGCGUGAAAAACAUGGAGGAGGGAAAAAGAGAGAGAUGUUGACUGUGAACUCCACGGAGCUUUCAAAAUCAACGAAUCUUAAACUGUGAAAUUCUUGCACUGAGUUUAUGUAGUCUCACAUCAACAUCAAUAUCUGUGGUUCCAUCUCUAUAUCCGCAUCGCACUGCCUGGUCACACGUUGAUUCGGAAGUUGAUCGGGGAAUAGUAGCGAUGGCCGUAGUUGCUUCAGCUCCUGGGAAAGUACUAUUGACGGGAGGAUACCUGAUUUUGGAGAGACCAAAUGCUGGUUUGGUACUCAGUACAAAUGCUCGGUUUUAUGCAAUUGUGAAACCACUUCACGAGCAUGCUGAGCCAGAAAGUGGGGGUGGGGAAUGGGUAGAUGUGAAAUUGACCUCACCCCAGCUCUCUCGAGAAAGUCUAUAUAGAUUGUCGCUAGAGAACUUUACGGUUCAGUGUGUCUCCUCAAGUGAGUCGAGGAAUCCUUUUGUAGAACAUGCAGUACAAUACUCCUUAGCUGCUACACAUGGAAUAUUUGAUAAUAACAAGAAAGAUUCACUGCACAGAUUGCUACUGCAAGGUCUGGAUAUCACAAUUUUAGGUUGCAAUGAUUUCUACUCUUAUCGGAAUCAGAUUGAAGCACGUGGACUUCCUUUGACACCAGAAUCACUGAUUUCUUUUCCACCAUUUGCAUCAAUUAGCUUCAAUGCUGAAGAAUCAAAUAGUGAAAAUUGCAAGCCCGAAGUUGCAAAAACAGGAUUGGGAUCAUCUGCUGCCAUGACAACUUCUGUUGUUGCUGCUCUACUUAAUUAUUUUGGUGUCGUAAAUCUUUCCUCAUCAAAAGGUCAAGACAAGGAAAAUAAAAUUAAGGAUCUUGAUAUGGUGCAUGUAAUAGCCCAAACUGCUCACUGCAUUGCACAGGGGAAAGUUGGAAGUGGAUUUGAUGUCAGUUCUGCAGUCUAUGGUAGCCAACGUUAUGUUCGUUUUUCACCUGAUGUGCUAGCUCCCGCUCAGGCGGCAGUUAAAGGACCACUAGAAGAAGUCAUCGUCAAUAUCUUAAAAGGAAACUGGGACCAUGAGAGGACUGAGUUUUCCUUGCCUCCAUUAAUGAAUCUUUUAUUAGGGGAGCCAGGAGCAGGAGGGUCAUCCACACCAUCUAUGGUAGGUGCCGUUAAAAAGUGGCAAAAGUCUGACCCUCAGAAAUCUCAAGAAACAUGGAAUAAGUUGUCCGAAGCGAAUCUUGAUCUUGAAAACCAACUAAACUUACUAAGAAAGCUUGCAGCAGAACACUGGGAUGUGUACAAAUGCAUUAUAAGCAAAUGCAGCACACUUAGAUCAAAGAAGUGGAUGGAACAAGCCACUGAACCAAGCCAACAAACCAUUGUUAAAGCAUUGUUGGGAGCAAGAGAUGCUAUGCUCGAGAUACGAAGUAAUAUGCGGCAAAUGGGCGAAGCUGCAGGUGUUCCAAUUGAACCAAAGUCCCAAAGUGAGGUUUUGGAUGCAACCAUGGAAUUGGAAGGAGUGUUGUUGGGUGGAGUUCCAGGAGCAGGUGGGUUUGAUGCUGUAUUUGCUAUUACAUUGGGUGAUUCUUGUAGCAGCCAUGUGAUCAACUCAUGGACUUCACUCAAUGUUCUUCCCCUCCUACUUAAAGAAGAUCCCGAUGGAGUUGCUCUACAAACUGCUGAUCCUAGAACUAACAAUAUUGCAUCUUCUGUUUAAUACCAUAUUUUGUGCUGUGUUUGGUAGAAAAUGGAUUGAGGUUUGAUGAUUUUAAACUGUUCUAUCUUUUUCGGGUUUAAAUUUGGAGAAAAUAUACUAGUGAAGUUAUGAGUUUAGUUCUGAACUUUCAGGAUUAUGUUUAUUGGUGCUGGUACCUUGAAAGGUUUUUAAUA